UGUGAUAUUUACAUUGGGAAUAUAUUUGACAAUGCUUACCGUAUGCUUCCAGCACCUCUUGUCAAGGUGUCCUCGAUUGUGGAAAAGGUAUUCGACGAGGAUGGGAUUCGAACCCACGCGUGCAGAGCACAAUGGAUUAGCAGUCCAUCGCCUUAACCACUCGGCCACCUCGUCUCAUGCACAGAUAGCCAGUUUCUCCUCAUCAGUGUUACACCUCAGACUAAAGAUGGUGGACUCCCAGUACUACCUCCCUAAUGACAUCGGCAUCUCUGCUCUUGACUGUGGCGAGGCCUUCCGUUUGCUUUCGCCUCAGGAGAAGAUGUACGCCCACUACCUAUCACGUGCUGCUUGGUAUGGUGGUCUGGCUGUGCUACUGCAGACGUCCCCAGAGUCGGCAAACAUCUUUGUUUUGCUGCAGAAGAUCUUCAGGAAGCAGACACCUGACCAGCUGGAACAGGUUGCUACUGCAGCUGGACUCAGCUCUGAGGAGUAUCAGGCCUUCUUGGUGUAUGCAGCAGGUCUGUAUGCCAAUAUGGGAAACUACAAGUCCUUUGGAGACACGAAGUUCAUCCCAAAUCUACCCAAGGACAAACUGGAAGCUCUGGUGAAGGCCAGCCAGGCGUUUCAGGAUCAGCCCAGUGAGAUGGAGGCUCUGUGGGACAGCUGCUCAUGUCUCCUCUACUCCCUGGAAGACAGACAGAAGCAGCUGGGGCUGGGUGACAAGGGAAUUACCACCUACUUCUCAGGAAACUGUUGUCUAGAUGAUGCUGAGCUGGCUCAGAAGUUCCUUGACUCAAAAAAACUGUCUGCCUACAACACACGCCUGUUUAAGAGGGAAAAUGGAGGCAAAGCCUGCUAUGAGGUUCGCUUGGCUUCAUCUGUGCAGAAAGACUGUGCAGUCGAUGGGGAAUGUGAAUCAUGCUGUGGUAGCUUUAACUUCGAAGACAAAGAGUUCACUGUCAAAAGAGGAGACUAUGCUCCUCUCAUGGAAAAGGUCUGCUAUUACCUCCAAAAAGCACAGGCGUAUGCAGCCAAUGAGAACCAGAGAAAGAUGCUCGAGGAGUACUGCCGCAGCUUCACCCUUGGCUCAAUUGAUGCCCAUAAAGAGGGUUCACGCUACUGGAUCAAAGAUAAGGGUCCAAUCGUCGAGAGUUACAUAGGUUUCAUAGAGAGCUACAGAGACCCAUUUGGAUCCAGAGGAGAGUUUGAAGGCUUUGUUGCGGUUGUCAACAAGGCAAUGAGUGAGCGUUUUGCUAAACUGGUGAGCUCAGCAGAAGUUUUGCUUCCUGAGCUUCCUUGGCCCAGAGAGUAUGAGAAGGACACUUUCCUGAAGCCCGAUUUCACCUCUCUGGAUGUUCUCACCUUUGCUGGCAGUGGAAUACCAGCCGGCAUCAAUAUCCCCAACUAUGAUGACAUCAGACAGUCAGAAGGCUUUAAAAAUGUGUCGCUAGGCAACGUGCUGGCUGUGGCCUAUGCUACACAAAAGGAAAAACUCACCUUCCUGGAGGAGGAGGACAAGGAUUUGUUCAUCAAAUGGAAAGGACCCUCGUUUGAGGUGCAGGUUGGGCUUCAUGAGCUUUUGGGUCAUGGAAGUGGCAAGCUGUUUGUCCAGGAUGAUAAAGGAAAGUUCAACUUUGAUCAGAGUAAGGUGAUCAACCCAGAGACUGGAGAACUGGUGUCCAGUUGGUAUCGGGGCAGUGAGACGUGGGACAGCAAAUUCUCCACAAUUGCCUCCUCUUAUGAAGAAUGCCGGGCUGAGUGUGUUGGACUCUAUCUGUGUCUCAACAAGCAGGUGCUCAGUAUAUUUGGACAUGAAGGCCAGGACGCAGAGGACGUUGUGUUCAUUAACUGGCUCAGCAUGGUGAGAGCUGGACUGUUGGGUCUGGAGUUUUACACACCUGAGAGCAAGAGCUGGCGACAGGCUCACAUGCAAGCUCGUUUCGUGAUCCUGCGUGUCCUGCUGGAGGCUGGGGAGGGUCUGGUCGGCCUGGAGGAAGUGACAGGAAAGGACGGCAAGCCUGACGCUCGAAUCACUCUGGACCGCAGCAAGAUUCACACUGUGGGGAAGAAUGCCAUCCACAGGUUCCUUCAGAAACUGCAGGUGUUCAAGUCUACAGCAGAUGUGGAGGGAGGUAGAGCAAUGUACAAUAGCUACUCCGCUGUCAGUGAUGGCGGUGCUUACAACUUCCUUCAACUACGCGAGACAGUGCUGCUGAGGAAAGAGGCUCGGAAGAUGUUUGUCCAGGCUAACUCCAGAGUUAAUGGUGACAGCGUUGAGCUGACUGAAUAUGAGGGCAGCGCAGCAGGUUUGAUUCGCUCCUUCACUGAGCGUUUUGAAGAAGACGCAGAGAAGCUGGAGGCCGAUCUCCUGGAGAUGAGCAAAAGAGACGCCCCCUGCUGGUGUUGAUGGGUGGUCCGUCUGAUCCAAAGGCCUCGAAGAUAUCAAUCUGAUUUGUUUUUCACUCAGCAAGCAACAGAUGAAAUAAAUGGUUUGUACUUUGAAUAAAGCCAUAAGACUUGUUCAGAUCUGCCAAAGUUUUCCUGCCAUGGUCCAACAUCAAAUUUAUGUUUCUGAAACAAGUUUCGUAUAAAUAAAUGAACUGAUAAGUA